CCUGGAUACACAAUCAUCAUUGUAGGGAUAUUGAUACGCACCGGACAUACAUUUAUUGGAUCUCAGCGGCAAAGAUUGGAUUAUUUUACGGACUGUAAAACCUUAUUGAAGUUUUAGUUCACAUGUUUCAGCGCUUGUUUUAUCAGAGUGGCUGAAGACUCAAGGAACCAGUAAUGGACCAGAACCUGUUUGGAGGGGCCCCCAGAUUCCUCACGCGGCCCAAAGCAUUCGCAGUGUGCGUGGGCAAGGAUGCCACUCUAAGCUGCACCAUCGUGGGCAACCCCACCCUACUGAUUACCUGGGAAAAGGAGAAGCUACGUCUGAACUCCGGGGGCCGCUUCAAGACGGUGGAUGAUGGUAAUGUCUACCGCCUCACCAUCUACGAUCUAACCCUGGAAGACAGCGGCCAGUACAUGUGCCGGGCCAAGAACAACGUUGGGGAGGCAUACGCAUGUGUAACCCUUCAUGUAGGCCUUCCACAGGAGAUGGUGGACAGGGCCCCCGUCUUCAUGGUCAAGCCUACCUCUGCACGUGUGGGCCUGGGGGGCGAUGUGGUCUUCCACUGCCGGGUUGCUGCUUACCCAGAGCCCAAAUUUGACUGGGAUAAGGACGGGCGUUACCUAGCCGAGACAAACCGCAUCAAGGUGUCCUCGGACGGCGACAGCAGCUCCCUGAGGAUCCAAAGCGUGCGCAGCCUAGACAGCGGCACGUAUACCUGCCGCGCCCAGAACUCGGUGGGCCGCUCAAACUCUGCCGCCGCCUUGGUCAUAGACACCCAGGACUCCCGUCACCUGGGCCAGGACAAGAGCACCUCCCUCCUCUCCCACAUGCAGAAGCGUAAAGAAGGGAUCUCCAUCUACCGCACGGCAGAGACCCGCAGCUCCUCUCACAACUCCACCACCAAUUCGUCCACGGCCACCACUAUGGUCACAGACGGGCUGAGCGCUCUGGGUCUGGACCACGGCAGCGCAGCACUGGUCAGCCAGCUACCCAAAAGCGUCUUCACCCGCACCUGCACGGUGACUGAGGGCAAGCAUGCCAAGCUCAGCUGCUUCGUGACGGGUCACCCCAAGCCUCAUAUCAUCUGGAGGAAGGAUGGGGGGAACAUCGGCGAGGGACGAAGGCACAUCAUGUAUGAGGACCAGGCCGAGAACUUCAUCCUCAAGAUCCUGUACUGCAAGCAGAGCGACAACGGCCUGUACACCUGUAAUGCCUCCAACAUGGCUGGACAAACCUACAGCGCUGUGCUGGUGAUUGUUAAAGAGCCCAAGGUGCCGUUCAGGAGGAAGCUGCAGGAUGUGGAGGUCCAGGAGAAGAUGACGGCCAUGCUGCUGUGUGAGGUGCCUGUUUCGGCUAGCCAGGCCAGCUGGUUCAUGGAGGAGACACGUCUGGAGGACAGCUCCAAGUACUGCAUGGAGGAGGAGGGGACCAUGCGUCGCCUCACCAUCCGCAAUGUCACCACUAAUGAUGAUGCCGUCUACAUCUGCGAGAUGAAGGAGGGGAGCCGCACCGUAGCCGAGCUCACUGUGCUGGGGAACAUCACUAAGAAGCUUCCCAGGAGGACUGUAGUGUCGGUGAGUGAUACAGUGAUCUUCUGCGUUGAGCUGGAGCACCCCUGUUCUGACGCCUACUGGACGCGCAACGGCGAGCGCCUGAAGCCGGACACACGGAUGUCCAUUGCGAGCACCCUCAGACAGUACACGCUAACCAUCAGCCACUGCCAGGCCGACGACUCAGGAGAGGUGGCUUUUGUGGCUGGAGACUGCAAGACCUCCACACGAUUCUCAGUCGCGGCUGCCAGAAAGCACCCUCCAGAUCCCCCUAUCGACGUGGUGGUGCGUAGCAAGACCGACUCGUCCAUCACCCUCCACUGGUCCCCCCCAGACAGUGACCGCCCCGUGCCCAUCAAAGGGUACAUGGUAGAGAGGAGGAAGGUGGGUGCCCAGACCUGGCAGAGGUGCAAUGGCACGGAGGUCAGCCCCUUUACUGAGAUCACGAUCCAGAAUAUCACAGAGGAGGCCAGCUACCAGUUCCGCAUCUCCGCAGUCAACGACUACGGCCAGAGCCAGUAUAUGGAGGUGCCUGGGACCUUCUACCUCGAGCCCUCUGCAGAGGUGAAGACAGGCCUGAUGAACAGCACAGCCAUCUCAGGCGAGGAGGCCUCCCUCUCCGUGGACCUGUCUGCAGUGUGCUCUGGCUCCUGGUCUAUCAACGGCCGCCUCCUGCGGAGUGGGGCUGACUACCUCAUCACACGCCAAAAGACCACACAUACGCUGACGAUCCGAACCGUCUCGAUGGAGAUGAAUGGAGCCGCGGUCAAAUUUGUGGGCGGUGGCUCCGAGAGCACUUGUGUACUCCACGUGAAGGCUCCAGCUGUCCGGUUCACCAGUAAGUCCGCUCACACCGAGGUGGUGACCUGCAGCGCCCAGUCCUCCGCCCAGCUGACCACAGAGGUGUCCGAUUAUGAUGCUCAGGUGGUCUGGAUGAAGAAUGGACGGGAGCUGAAGGUGGGCAAGAAGUAUGAGUGCAUGAGCACCGACCGCAAGAGGAUGCUGAUGGUGCACAACGUCACCGAAGAGGACACGGGCAUCUAUGAGUGUGUCUUAAACGAAGACCGAAUGUCCCUGCAGCUUUCUCUAAAAGAUGAAGCCAAGUUCCUGAACAAGCCCAGGGGUCCCAUGGAGGUGGCGCCUGCCCUCAGCGGGGACCUGGAGUUGAACUGCGAGGUGUCGUCUGCAAGCGGGGUGGUGGUGUGGAGGAAGGAUCAGACACUGGUCACUGAGGACCAAAGAACCACCGUCGUCUCCAAAGGGACACAGAGGAGACUGGUCAUCAAGAAUGCCAAGAAGAGUGACGAGGGACACUACUCCUGCGAGACAGUCGAGGACAAAGUCACAUUCCAGGUCAGGAUCAAAGAAGCCCAACAGGCAGUCUUCACCAACAAGGAGUCUGUACAGAAGGAGGUGAAAGCUACUCUCUCGCAGAAAGCCACUCUGAGCUGUGAGGUGUCCGACCCCAAGACGGAGGUUAAAUGGUACAAGGACGGCAAGCUGCUGACUUCCACUGAGACAGUCUCCACGGAGACAAAGGGAAGGAGUCGUCUGUUGGUAGUAGACAAAAUUGAGAAGAAGGAUGCUGGAGAAUACACCUGUGAGGCUAGAGCAGAGAAGCUGGUCUUUAAAAUACAUGUUUCAGAAACCCAACAGUCUGCCUUCACCAACAAGGAGUUUGUACAGGAGGUGAAAGCUACUCUUUCCCAGAAAGCCACUCUGAGCUGUGAGGUGUCUGAUACCAAGACAGAGGUGAAAUGGUACAAGGAGGGCAAGCUGCUGACUUCCAGUAAGACAGUCCAGAUGGAAACUAAGGGCAAGACUCGUCAGCUGGUAAUAGAGAAGGUGGAGAAGAAGGAUGCUGGAGAGUACACCUGUGAGGUUGGAGUGGAGAAACUGGUCUAUAAGAUUCAGGUGACAGAAGCCCAGGCAGUCUUCACCAACAAGGAGUCUGUACAGAAGGAGGUGAAAGCUACUCUCUCCCAGAAAGCCACUCUGAGCUGUGAGGUGUCUGAUACCAAGACAGAGGUGAAAUGGUACAAGGAUGGCAAGCUGCUGACUUCCAGUAAGACAGUCCAGAUGGAAACUAAGGGCAAGACUCGUCAGCUGGUGAUAGAGAAGGUGGAGAAGAAGGAUGCUGGAGAGUACACCUGUGAGGUUGGAGCGGAGAAACUGGUCUAUAAGAUUCAGGUGGCAGACGCACAACAGGCAGCCUUCACCAACAAGGAGUCUGUACAGAAAGAGGUGAAAGCUACUCUCUCCCAGAAAGCCACUCUGACCUGUGAGGUGUCUGAUACCAAGGCAGAGGUGAAAUGGUACAAGGAUGGCAAGCUGCUGACUUCCAGUAAGACAGUCCACAUGGAGACAAAGGACAAGACUCGUCAGCUGGUGAUAGAGAAGGUGGAGAAGAAGGAUGCUGGAGAGUACACCUGUGAAGUGGGAACAGAAAAGCUGGCCUACAAGAUACAGGUGACUGGAGAAACUCAGGCAGCCUUCACCAACAAGGAGUCUGUACAGAAGGAGGUGAAAGCUACUCUUUCCCAGAAAGCCACUCUGAGCUGUGAGGUGUCUGAUACCGAGACAGAGGUGAAAUGGUACAGGGAUGGCAAGCUGCUGACUUCCAGUAAGACCAUCUCCAUGGAGACAAAGGGCAAGACUCGUCAGCUGGUGAUAGAGAAGGUGGAGAAGAAGGAUGCUGGAGAGUACACCUGUGAGGUGGGAGCGGAGAAACUGGCCUUCAGGAUACAGAUGGCAGAAACUCAAGCGGCUUUCUCCAACAAGGAGUCUGUACAGAAGGAGGUGAAAGCUACUCUCUCCCAGAAAGCCACUCUGACCUGUGAGGUGUCCGACCAAAAGACAGAGGUUAAAUGGUACAAGGACGGCAAACUUCUGACAACCAGCAAGACAGUCCACAUGGAGACAAAGGACAAGACUCGUCAGCUAGUGUUGGACAUUGUGGAGAAGAAGGAUGCUGGCGAGUACACUUGUGAAGUUGGAGCAGAGAAAGUGGCCUUUAAGAUACAGGUGGCAGAGGUCCAGGCUGCCUUCACCAACAAGGAGUCUGUACAGAAGGAGGUGAAAGUUGCUCUCUCCCAGAAAGCCACUCUGAGCUGUGAGGUGUCUGAUACCGAGACAGAGGUGAAAUGGUACAAGGAGGGCAAGCUGCUGACUUCCAGUAAGACAGUCCAGAUGGAGACAAAGGGCAGGAGUCGUCAGCUGGUGAUAGAGAAGGUGGAGAAGAAGGAUGCUGGAGAGUACACCUGUGAGGUUGGAGCAGAGAAACUAGCCUUCAGGAUACAGGUGGCAGAGACUACCUUCUCCAACAAGGAGUCUGUACAGAAGGAGGUGAAAGCUACUCUCUCCCAGAAAGCUACUCUGAGAUGUGAGGUGUCUGAUACCGAGACAGAGGUGAAAUGGUACAAGGAGGGCAAGCUGCUGACUUCCAGUAAGACAGUCCAGAUGGAAACUAAGGGCAAGACUCGUCAGCUGGUAAUAGAGAAGGUGGAGAAGAAGGAUGCUGGAGAGUACACCUGUGAGGUUGGAGCAGAGAAACUGGCCUUCAAGAUAGAGGUGGCAGAAUCCUCUGCCAAGUUUAAAAAAACUGCAGUGAAGAGUGCAUGCAGUGUUCAAGCAAGUGAGAAGAUUGUUUUGACCACUGAGUUGACUUCGGAGAGUGCCAGUGUUAAGUGGUUCAGGGACGGUGUGGAGUUGAAGGAGAGCUCUAAGUAUGACCUGAAGAGAGAGGGACAUUCUCGUACCCUGAUUGUGAAGUCCACUGAAGUCAAAGACAGUGGCACCUACUCUUGCCACACUGCUGACGACAAGCUUGAGUUCAAAGUUCAAGUCAAAGACUCACCGCUGAAGUUUGUGGUGCAGUUGCAGCCUGUAGCCACAGAGCUGGGUGGUACACUGACACUGACCUGUGAAAUGAAUCGAGCCUUAGGGGACGUGCUCUGGCGCCACAACAGCUGUGAGGUCAAACCCGGCGGCAAGUUCUGUGUCAGCACUGAUGGUCCCAAGCGGGUCCUUACUGUGACAGGAAUGGCAAAAGAGGAUGAGGGAGAAUACAGCUGUGAAUGCAAAGAUGAUAAGACCUCUGCCAAGGUCUCCACCAAAGCACCCAGACUGGUGAAGCUGACUUCCAAGCUGAGCAACGUCGCUGCUGUGGAGGGGAAGGAGGCCAUCUUCAAGUGUAGUGUCAUCCCAGCUGACGUCAACGUGAAAUGGUUCUGCAACAACGUGCCCAUCACUGCUGGGCCCAAAUAUAAGAUUGAGCAUGGGGGCACCAGCCACUCCCUCACCGUCACCUCAGUCAGUCAGGAUGAUGCUCAAGAGAUCAGCAUUGAUGCAGAGGGCAAAACCUGCAGUGCUACCCUCCAAGUGCAACUGGAGCCGGUGAUGUUCAAGAAGAAGCUGGAGAAUGUGAUGGCGGUGGAGGAACAGAAGGAGGUGAAGCUGGAGGUAGAGCUGAGUAAGCCCUCUAAAGAGGUCAGGUGGAUGAAGAACAGCGUGGUGCUACAGCCUGGAGGCAACAUGGAGAUCAGGCUGGACGGAGCCAAGCAGACCCUGGUCUUUAAGAGUGUGACUACGGCCGACCGUGGUUACUACUCCUGUGAGACCCUGGACGACAAGACCCAGGCCAAACUCACAGUGGAUGUGAAGAAGAUUGAGGUGGUGAACGGCCUGCUGCCGGAGGUCAAGGCCCAUGAGAAGGAGACAGUGACCCUUGAGGUGGAGCUCAGCCAGGCUGACGUGGAGGGCUCCUGGACCAGGGACAGCGUCAAGCUCAAGGCAGGGUCCAACUGCCGCAUCACAGCCCUGGGAAAGAAGCACGCCCUCACACUAUCCCAAAUUAAGAUGGAGGACGCAGGGACAAUUGCCUUCCAAGCAGAGGGAGUGAAAACUUCUGCCAAACUCAUUGUUACAGAACCUGCGGCUAUGAUCUCUAAACCCAUGGAGGAUGUCAAAGCCCCAGAGAAGGAGAAGGCUACGCUUGAGUGUGAGGUGUCCAGAACUAACGCUGAGGUCAAGUGGUUCAAGGGUGACAUGGAACUGAAACCAGGAAAGAACUUUCGCAUCCACUCCCAGGGGCGCACACGCAGCCUGCUAAUCCACAAAUGUUCCCAAGAGGAUGAGGGCACAUACGUCUGCCAAACGGCUGAUGACAACACAUCAGCUAAACUCACUAUUCACGCCCGAGACAUUCAAAUAGUGAAGAGGCUUGAGGACGUGGAGGUGAUGGAGAAGGAGAGCGCUUCGUUCUUCUGUGAGAUCUCUCACGAUGAAGUGGACUGCCAGUGGUUCAGAGGCGACACCAAACUCAAAGUCGGUGACAACAUCAAGAUGAGACAAGAGGGUAAAAUCUAUGUGCUGCUGUUUAAGUCGGUGACCCCAGAAGACAUUGCUGAGAUUAAAUUCACAGCUGAAAAGGCCUCUUCAACAGCCAAACUGACAGUGAAAGAGCUCCCUGUCCAGUUUGUGAAGAAGCUCAGGGAUAAGUUAGCCUUGUAUACACACCGUGGGUUCUUGGAAUGCCAAGUGUCCCGGGCCAGCGCCAAGGUCAAGUGGUACAAGAACAAGAAGGAGAUCAAGCCCAGCAAGAAGCACGAGAUCAGCAGCGAGGGUAUAUACCGCAAACUCACCAUAAACGACGUGGGCUCGGAUGAUGAGGAUACUUACACCUGUGACGCCAUCGACGACAAGACAUCCUGUAAACUUCUUGUGGAAGAGCAGGCCAUCAGCGUCGUACGGGAGCUAAGUGCCGUGGAAGUGACCGAGCCCUUUGCCGCCUUCUUCGAGGUGGAGAUCAACAUCGACUCAGUCAAGCCCCCCAAGUGGACCCUGAAUGGUGUGGCCGUGCAGGAGAGCGCUGACGUGGAGAUGGAGAAGGAGGGCUCCAUGCACCGCCUCACCUUCAAGAAGACCAAGGCCUCCAUGACAGGACCUGUCCAGUUCAUGGCUGGCAAGAGCAAGUCUGUGGCCCAGCUUACUGUCAAAGAGCGUCCUCUUGAGGUGGUAGAGCCCAUUAAAGAUGUGACAGUCAAGGAGAAGGGCUCAGCCACUCUGAGCUGCAAGUUCUCCGCCACACCCAAAGAGGUGAGCUGGUUCAAAGGGCAAACCCUCCUGGAUGCUUCAGACAAGUACAGCCUGAAACAGGACGCUGUGAGGGCUCAGCUGACCAUCCAGAAGCUGACUGGGGAAGACAACGGGGAGUACCGCUGUCAGUCGGCUGCUGCCGAGACCAAAGCCACUCUCACUGUAGAGGUUAGGAAAGUGGAGAUCACCAAACACCUGGUGGACACAGAGGUGGAUGAGGACAGUGAUGCAGUGUUCAUUUGUGAGAUCAACUACACUGAUGAGGAGGUGCAAUGGCUACUCAAUGAAAAAGCACUCUUCUCCAACGAGGUCAACACCAUCACACACGUGGGCAAAGUGCACACGCUCACACUCAAGAAUCUGGCACCUGAGGAUGGGGGCACCAUCAUCUUCAAGGUCAGGGAAAUCAAGGAGGGUGUGACCCUAAAAGUCAAAGAGAAGCGUGCAGUGUUCCUCAAGUCUCUGGAUGACGUGGUGGGAGAGGUGAAAGGUAUGAUCACCCUGGCGUGUGAGGCCUCUAAGCCCAGGGUCUCCCCCGCCUGGAGGAAAGAUGGUACGCUCCUGACCACUGACUCUAAGUACGAGGUCCUGCACACAGGCAAGUCUCUGGGUCUGAUCAUCAAGGAUGUUACCAAGGAAGACGCAGGGGAGUACAGCUGCGACCUGGGUACUGAGCUUUCCAAGUCAAAGGUCACUGUGAGAGACCUGAGCAUAGGUAUCACCAAGCAGUUGAAGUCCGUGGAGGCGAUGGAGGGAGAGACAUGUAGCUUUCAGUGUAUUCUGUCACGGGAAAGCACUGACGAGUGUUCCUGGACCUUGAAUGGCCAGACCGUGGCUAAUGGAGGACGCUUCCAGGUCUCCAGUACAGGUCGCAAGUACAUGCUGGUUAUCAAGGAUGUGACGCCAGCCGAUGCUGGUGAGGUGGUCUUCAACAUCAAGAACCUGAACUCCAAGACUACCUUAGCAGUUGAAGGCAAAGCUCAAUCUGUAUCACGGGAGCUGCAGAGCAUUAGUGUAGUCUCAGGGGAGGAUGCUGUGUUCAUCUGUGAGGUCACACAGACCAGGGCCACCGUCCAGUGGGCCAAAGAUGGGAAGGACAUCAGGAAGAGUGAGAAGUAUGAGAUCAGUAAAGAGGAGAGGGUCAUGAAGUUGACCGUCCACGGUGUCACUGUUCAGGACUCUGGGGAAUAUAGCUGUGAGGUCAUCGGAGGGGCCACUACCAAGGCCAAGCUGGAGAUCAAAGAGCCAGUCCACAAGUUUACCAAGGAGCUGAAGGACAGCGAGGUGGAGGAGGAGGGCUCAGUGACCCUGCAGUGUGAGACGGGACAGCCUGCCUCCAAUGCCACCUGGUCCAAGGAGGGCGUGGAGCUGAAGGCCGGGGGACGCUAUGAGAUGAGUCAGAAGGAGACCGUCCUCACCCUCACUAUCAAACAGCUGGAGGAGAAAGACAGCGGCACUUACACCUGUGACGUGGGCACUGCCACGAUGAUGGCGAAGGUGACAGUCAAAGCCUUGCCUGCCAGCUUUGAACAAAAGCUGAAGAACCAGCAGGCCAAGGAAGGGGAGAGUGUCACUCUCUGCUCUGUGUUAUCCAAACCUGGGGCCAAGGUUCAGUGGAAGAAAGGCACUGAGCAUCUCAAAGCUGGAGACAAAUAUGAGAUGAAACAAAAAGAUGCCUCCUGCGAGCUUCAGAUAAAGUAUCUGAAUGUUGAGGACAGUGGGGAGUACUCCUGUGAGUGUGGAGACCAGAGGACCACAGCGACUAUAAACGUCAAUGCGUUACCUGUGACCUUCAAACACAAGAUGGAGAGCCAGGAGGCUGAGGAGGGGGGCAGUGUUACCCUGCACUGUGAGCUCUCUAAACCUGGAGUCCCUGUGGAAUGGAGGAAGGGAACACAGGUGCUGAAGUCUGGAGAAAAGUACCAGCUGAAGCAGAAAGAAUCUGUGAGUGAACUCCUGAUCAGCAAAGUAGUACCAGAGGACAGUGGAGACUACAGCUGUGUGUGUGGAGACCAGAAGACUACAGCCAGUCUCAAGAUUAAAGCCCAACUUGUGACCUUCAAACACAAACUGGAGAGCCAGGAGGCUGAGGAGGGGGGCAGUGUUACCCUGCACUGUGAGCUCUCUAAACCUGGAGUCCCUGUGGAAUGGAGGAAGGGAACACAGGUGCUGAAGUCUGGAGAAAAGUACCAGCUGAAGCAGAAAGAAUCUGUGAGUGAACUCCUGAUCAGCAAAGUAGUACCAGAGGACAGUGGAGACUACAGCUGUAUGUGUGGAGACCAGAAGACUACAGCCAGCCUCGAGAUUAAGGCCCAACCUGUUACAUUCAAACAAAAGCUAGGGAGCCAGGAGGCUGAGGAGGGGGGCAAUGUUACCCUGCACUGUGAGCUCUCUAAACCUGCAGUCCCUGUGGAAUGGAGGAAGGGAACACAGGUGCUGAAGUCUGGAGAAAAGUACCAGCCGAAGCAGAAAGAAUCUGUUAGUGAACUCCUGAUCAGCAAAGUAGUACCAGAGGACAGUGGAGACUACAGCUGUAUGUGUGGAGACCAGAAGACUACAGCCCGCCUCGAGAUUAAGGCCCAACUUGUGACCUUCAAACACAAACUGGAGAGCCAGGAGGCUGAGGAGGGGGGCAGUGUUACCCUGCACUGUGAGCUCUCUAAACCUGGAGUCCCUGUGGAAUGGAGGAAGGGAACACAGGUGCUGAAGUCUGGAGAAAAGUACCAGCUGAAGCAGAAAGAAUCUGUGAGUGAACUCCUGAUCAGCAAAGUAGUACCAGAGGACAGUGGAGACUACAGCUGUGAGUGUGGAGAACAGAAGACUACAGCCAGCCUCGAGAUUAAGGCCCAACCUGUUACAUUCAAACAAAAGCUAGGGAGCCAGGAGGCUGAGGAGGGGGGCAGUGUUACCCUGCACUGUGAGCUCUCUAAACCUGGUGUCCCUGUGGAAUGGAGGAAGGGAACACAGGUGCUGAAGUCUGGAGAAAAGUACCAGCUGAAGCAGAAAGAAUCUGUGAGUGAACUCCUGAUCAGCAAAGUAGUACCAGAGGACAGUGGAGACUACAGCUGUGUGUGUGGAGACCAGAAGACUACAGCCAGUCUCAAGAUUAAGGCCCAACUUGUGACCUUCAAACACAAGCUGGAGAGCCAGGAGGCUGAGGAGGGGGGCAAUGUUACCCUGCACUGUGAGCUCUCUAAACCUGGAGUCCCUGUGGAAUGGAGGAAGGGAACACAGGUGCUGAAGUCUGGAGAAAAGUACCAGCUGAAGCAGAAAGAAUUUGUGAGUGAACUCCUGAUCAGCAAAGUAGUACCAGAGGACAGUGGAGACUACAGCUGUGUGUGUGGAGACCAAAAGACUACAGCCAGUCUCAAAAUUAAGGCUCUCCCAGUCAUAUUCAAACAAGUUCUGCAGAGUCAGGAGGCUGAAGAGGGGGGCAGUGUUACCCUGCACUGUGAGCUCUCUAAACCUGGAGUCCCCGUGGAAUGGAGGAAGGGAACACAGGUGCUGAAGUCUGGAGAAAAGUACCAGAUGAAGCAGAAAGAUUGCCGUGUGGACCUCCAAGUCUGUGAUUUGAAACCCGGAGACACAGGAAGCUACCAGUGCAGGACUGGAGACACAGAGAGCUCAGCAUGCCUGAAAGUCAAUGCUCUCCCAGUCAUUUUCACUAAAGAGCUGCAGAGCCAACAGGCUGAGGAGGGGGGCAGUGUUACCCUGCACUGUGAGCUUUCUAAACCUGGAGUCCCUGUGGAAUGGAGGAAGGGGGAGGUGGGUCUUUGCCUCUGUGCCAAGUAUAACAUCAUUCAGGAAGGGCACAGCGCUAGGCUAGUCAUCCAAAACCUAGACCCAGAAGACUCAGGCAGCUACACCUGUGACAGUGGUGACCGGAAAACCACAGCACACCUUUCUGUGAAGGCCCUGCCCGUUUACUUCCAAACUCGACUACAGAAUCUAGAGUGGGACGCAGGUGAGAUCGCCAUCCUCCGCUGUGAGAUCACCAAGCCUGGGUCCAGCGUUGUCUGGAGCCGGGGCGACAGGGUCCUGGAGUCUAAUAACAAGUAUCAGCUGAAACAGGAAGGGGCCAUUGUGAAGCUUAUCAUCUAUAGCCUACAAGGGACUGACUCUGGGGAGUAUAUCUGUGACACAGGUUACCAGAAGACCUCCUCCGUGCUCACUGUACAGGAGGUGGAGGUGACCAUAGUGAAGGUCUUGAACAGCUGUACGGUGCACGAGGGGGAGGAUGUCCACUUUGAGUGCCAUCUGUCCCACGAUGACGCCAAGGAGGUCCAGUGGAAGCUUGCGGACGUCCCUCUGCAGAACAAUGAAAUGAACCUGAUCCGUGCCCAGGGCAAGGUGCACAGCCUCACCCUCAGGGGGGUCACGCAGGCCGACUCGGGCACAGUCACCUUCACCGUGGGUCACCAUACCUCCACCGCAAGCCUGACCGUCCGAGGGGCCCCUGUGGUGUUCAAGAAGGAGCUGGAGAGCCAGGAAGCAGUGGAGGGAGGCAGUGUUUCCCUGACCUGUGAGAUCAGUGCUGAUGGCAAGGUGACCUGGAGAAGGGGCUCCGUGCUCCUCACCCAGGGGGAGAAGUAUUCCAUGGAGCACACAGGUUCUACCUACAUCCUGAUGGUUCACAAGUUAAAGGUUGAAGAUGCUGGAGAGUACACCUGUGAUGCCGGGGAUAAGCAGAGCACAGCCACCCUGACAGUCAAAGAGUCUGUGCGCAUCACUCGGGAGCUGCACGACAUCACAGUAACCACCGGGCAGGAUGCUGUCUUUGCGUGUGAGUUGUCCCAGGAGGGCGUGACCAACGGAGAGUGGUGGCUGGGCGAUAACCUCCUCCAGAACAACGACCUGAACCAGAUGGCCUGCCAGGGCCGGGUACACCGGCUGACACUACAGAUGGUCACCCCCGAUGAAUCAGGGGACGUGGCGUUUGUGGUGGGCGAGGAGAAGACCGUUGCUUGCCUACUGGUGGAAGAGAAGCCCAAAGCCUUAAUCCUUGAGAAGCCUCACGAUACAGUGGCCUUGGAGGGCGAGACAGUCACCCUAUCCUGCACUGUCUCCGACCCCACGGCCACCGUCACCUGGAGCAGGAAUGAUGUGGCCAUCAAUGCAGGACUCAAGUACGACCUGCGGAAGAAUGGAGCUCUCCUGCAGCUGCGCAUCCACAACCUGGAGAUGGAGGACUCUGGAACUUACUGCUGCGAUACCGGGGAUGCACAGUGCACCGUCACCUUGAUUGUGGAAGGUGCCCCGGCAUUCUUUCAGAAGGAGCUGAAGAACCAGGAAGCCCAGGAGGGUGAUGAUAUCACUCUGCACUGUGAGCUCUCCAAGGCGGGCACUCACGUGGAGUGGAGGAAGGGAGGCGCAGUCCUCCAGGCUGGUAAGAAGUACGAGAUGAGGCAGGAGGGCUGCGUUCAGGAGCUCCACAUUCGCAACCUGGAGCCAGAGGACAACGGCUACUACACCUGUGAUGCUGGGGACCAGCUCACCACGGCGUUAGUGGCAGUGCAAGAACCCACAGUAGAGGUGGUGAGCGAGAUGCAGGACCUCCGUGUGGCCGAGGACCAGCCGGCUGAGUUCAUCUGCCAGUACUCCCGGCCAGUCCAGGCCCAGUGGAAGAGAAACGGGCGGCCGUUGCAGCCUGACGGCAGGAGGGUGGUAGUGGAGCAGGACUGGACCGUAGCUCGCUUGUACAUUAGCCACGUGUCCACUGAGGACAGGGGGACGUACUCCUGUGAGGCAGAGGGGACCUGCGUGGUCGCCUCCCUGGAGGUGGAAGCCAAACCCAUUGAAAUCCUCCAGGGCCUGGAGAACAUGGACACCAUCGACGGCGGCGAGGCGCUGUUCGAGUGCUCGAUCUCUCGUUGCGAGAUCAAAGACAGCUGCUGGCUCAUUGACGGCAAGCCUGUGAAGGAUUCGCCAACCACUGAGAUUGUGUCCUUCGAGAGUGGCCGCCGCCACCUGCUGCUGCUAAAGGACCUGCACGUCGGGGACAACUGCAAAGUGACCUUCCAGGCGGGCACUGCAGCGACCUCCGCCAUGCUCAACGUCAAAGGCUGGCAGCUGGAUGUGGUGAGCGGUCUGGAGGAUAAGGUAGCUGUGGUGGGAGAGAAAGUAGAGUUCAGCUGCGUGCUGACCGAGCCUGUGCCUGAGGCGGAGGUAGCCUGGUACUCUAACGGAGCCGAGCUAAAGAAUGAUAACACCUGGGCCAUGCAGGCUGACGGUUGCUUCUACCAACUGGUGCUGAGACAGGCCCCAGCCAUGCCACCACAGGAGAUCACCUUUGCUGCCAGGGACGCCAUUUCCAUGGCCAAGCUCACUGUCAUCACCUUUCCAGACCCCCCGGAGGACCCAGAGCUGGUCAGUAAGCAUAAACAGGGGGUGACCCUGUCCUGGUUCACACCUCUCAGCGAUGGAGGCAGCCCCAUUCUGGGUUACAGGGUGGAGAUGAGGCUGGUGGACAGCGCCCUCUGGCUUCCGUGCCAUGCAGAGCCUGUGUGUAACACAGAGUUCUCUGUGGAUAACCUCAUCCCAGGGAGCGGCUACAGGUUCAGGGUGGCAGCCAUCAACAGAGCUGGGACUGGAGAACCAGUCCAGCUGCCUCAGAGCGUUCAGCUGGAGGCUCCGAUCACAGUGACCCAGCAGUUGGCCUGUCCAGGCUUGCAGGAGGGUAAGAUGGCCCGUGUAGAGUGCCAGCUCUCUGCUGAGGGCAGCUCGGUCACCUGGCUUAGAGACAACAAGGAGCUGGAGUUUGGGCUCAAAUACCAGGUCACCAUCGAGGGCAAGACACAAGUGCUGCUGAUCAAAGACUUUGAGUCUGCUGACCAGGGCGUGUACACAUGUGUAGCCUCAGACGAGGCAGAAAGCUCCAUUAAUCUCAAUUUACCAACAGGUGGAGAUGGGGUUAAGUUGGAGGGGGCCCAGCCCAGCCUGCCUCCUGAGGCUGCCUCCGAGGGUGAUGUCCACGCGCUGUGGGAGGCCCUGGCCAAGAAACGCCGCAUGAGCCGAGAGCCCACCCUCGACUCCAUCUCUGAGCUGCCUGAUGAGGAGGACAAGGAGCCCAAAACACCCAAGGAGCCAGUCAAGGAGAGGAAAUCCCCAGAGAAGGUGAACGAAAAGGAAAAGGAGAAGGUUGUGGAGCCUGUCAUCAUCGCAAAGAAGGAGUUGGAUACAAAUCUACACACCAGCUCUGAGGAUGAGUCCAGGGUUCCAACGCUGGUGUCCUACCUGAAGAAGAGCAGCAAGUCCUCCCUCUCUGCAUCCAACCAGACAGAGUCCAUCUCAACUGAGAAGUUCUAUGCACAGACCUCAGUGCAACAGACCUCAGUGCAACAGACCACAGUCCUACAGACCUCAUCUUCAGGACAGCAGAUCACAGCACAGACCACAGAGAUCACUGGGUGUGGAAAUGAGGAGGAUGAAGAAAAGGGUCUGCUGGAUGCUGCUGUCAAGAUCCAGGCUGCGUUCAAGGGCUACAAGUCCUGCAAGGACACGUGUCCAGUCUUCAAGGACGUCUUCAAGGACCAGACCAAGGAGCCCAAUGGCACCAUCCACCUGGAGUGUGUGGUUGAGGGAAAGCCCGACAAGGUGCGCUGGCUGAAGGACGGCGAGCCCCUUGUGGACAGCAAACACCACCACAUCGACAUCUACAAUGAUGGCACCUGCUCUCUGGUAAUCACCGCCGUUAGCACCAAGGACACGGGCAUCUACACAUGUGAGGUCACCAACAAGUUCGGCGUGACCAUCCACAGCGGCAAGGUGACAGUAGGCUCGGCACGGGAGGCAUCUGGAAGGAGGCCCCUGACCAUGGGCUACAGCGCCGACAGCGAGGCGGAGAGCUCGUCUGCAGAAAGCGAGAUGGACGAGUCUUUGAGGCAGGCCAGCAAACGGCUGCGCCGCCUCCUCCGCACACGGCUGCCGGCCACGUCGGAGGAGGAGUCGUUCGUCAGCUGUGACGAUGAGGCUGAGCUGAAGGCCCCCGAGCCCAAAUCGUACCGUGAGGACGAGCGCUACCUCUACAUCCGCUUUGACACGCGGUCUGAGGCCCAGGUGGCAUCGCUGCACUUUCAGGAGAUGUUCACGGCCCAGGGGAUGCCUGUGGAGACCACCAUCCAGGAGGCUGGACCUCUCAAAGUGGAGCUGCGCAUCAUGAAGAUGGGAUACACCCAAGAUGGCUCUGCAACACCCACAGAGGAGAAGCAGCUGCCCGCGUUCAUGACAGGAGCCCCCGCGGCCCCAGUCUUCCUGACCGAACUCCAGAGCCAGGACGUGUCUGAAGGUUACCCGGUCAGCUUUGACUGCGUGGUGAUCGGAAAGCCUACACCCAGCAUGCGUUGGUUCAAGGACGGGAAGCUCCUGGAGGAGAAUGACCACUACAUGAUCAACGAGGAACACGAGGGCUGCCACCAGCUCAUCAUCACCACCGUGCUGCCUUCUGACAUGGGUGUCUACCGCUGCAUGGCCGAGAACACCAGUGGCAUCGCUGCCACUAAGGCUGAGCUCAGGGUUGACAUGUCUUGCAGCUCAGACUACGAUACUGCAGCUGAUGCCACUGAGACGGGCUCCUAUAUCAGCGCCAAGGGCUACAUGUCUAGGGAAACUGAAGCGUUUGAGUCUAUGGCAGAGGAUGAGCAGAUACCACAAGUACUGGAUGAGCUCCAUGAUGUGCACGUCAGCCCAGGCUCACCCAUCGCUAAGAUGCAGCUGAAAGUCAAAGGUUUCCCCGCGCCCAGAGUGUACUGGUUCAAGGACGGUAUCCCACUGCGUUCCUCAGACAGGAUCCUGCUGCUGGACAAGAGAGACGUCCACAGUCUGGAGGUCCUGGAGGUGAAGAGGGAGGAUGCAGGAGAGUACUCUGCCUACAUCAGCAACGCUGCUGGAUCAGCAUACUCCUCUGCUAGGAUACUGGUUCUGGGUCCAGGAGAGCUCACACCUGUAGAAGAGCACGAUCCCAAGGUGCCUCUGGUGCCGCCACGGUUCCUGGAGAAGUUUAGCAACAGGAAGGUGAAACAGGGAGCCAGUGUCACCCUGUCAGUCAGAGUGGAAGGUUCUCCCAUCCCCAUGGUGACGUGGCUGAAAGAGGAUUCUGCUGAGGACGUGUUGUGGAUCAAGCCAGACACUAAGGGAUAUAAGGUGGCCAGGUCUGGGCGCCAACACAGCCUCAUCCUCAUGGAUGCGGGUUCCGAGCACGCCGGCACCUACACCUGCAUAGCCACCAACAGGGCCGGCCAGUCCAUUUGCACCGCCCACUUUGAGGUAGAGGAUGCGCCACGGCCGAAGGAAGAGACCAAAAUCCCUCUGGGUAUUACUAUCAGCCCUCCAGUGGAGGAUGCUGGCAGAAGAAUGCCUUAUCUAGGUGAAGUUGGAACAGAAGAGUUUCUUAUGAAACUCACCUCUCAGAUCACAGAGAUGGUAUCUGCCAAGAUCAGCCAAGACAGCGCACAGAACCAUCAAGUGCUCCAGUGGAUUGAAGCAUGGCCCAGAGCCUCCACCUCACUACGUGUCCCGGGAGGCGAUAGCGACGAUGAGACCAAAACACCCUCCGCCUCGCCCCAUCACGGCCGCUCUCGACCCAGCUCCAUUCUCGCAGACUCCUCCUCUGAGUCUGACGACCCUGAUGCCAGGGGAGAGAUGUUUGACAUCUAUGUGGCUACGGCUGACUACAACCCCACCAUCCCCAACAAAGAGACCAUUUCCCUGAAGGAGGGCCAGUAUGUGGAGGUUCUGGACUCGGCACAUCCACUCAAAUGGCUGGUCCGGACCAAACCAACCAAAACCACCCCAUCCCGCCAGGGCUGGGUGUCACCUGCCUACCUGGACAAGAAACUCAAGCUGUCUGCUGAUGCUGGCGAUGUCCCAGAGACAGGUGGAGAAGAGGUCUCAGAAGGAGAGUACAAAAGAAGACUACUCCAACUGAUCCAGGACAUGAUCAACAGCGAGGCAGAGUUUGUCAAAGAGAUGGACUUCUUCACCUCCCACCACGUCAAGCAGGUGGAGAGCCCUGACGCCCCAUCUGACGUCACCAGCCAGAAGGAGGCCAUCUUCAGGAACAUCCACGAGAUCAAGGCCUUCCAUAGCGAGUUCAUGUUCCCUAAGUUGCGUGAGUGUGACACUGAUGACGACGUGGCCAUGCGCUUCCUGAGGAGCGGGGAGGGCUUUGAGAAAUACCUCCAGUACCUCGUAGGCCAGCAAAAGGCAGAGGCCGCUAUCAGUGACAAGACCGUACACCACUUCUUCAAGAAGUACACAGACAAACAGCAGGCCAGUGCCGACCCUGCUGAAGGGCCUGUAUUGAGCAUUAAUGCCUACCUACAGAAACCCCUGGACAGAAUCCAGAAGUACAAGGCCUCGCUCAAGGAGCUGAUCAGGAACAAGGCCCGGAACGGCCAGAACUGCUGCCUGCUGGAGGAGGCCUAUGCCAUGGUUUCAUCACUGCCUCAGCGUUCAGAGAACACACACCACGUCUCCAUGAUAGAGAACUACCCUGCCACUCUGGAUGUAUUGGGGGAGCCCAUCAGACAGGGACCCUUCAUGAUGUGGGAGGGUGCACCUGGGGUAAGGUCCUCCUCCAGAGGCCACCGUCGACACGCGUUCCUCUUCAAAAACUAUGUCGUCAUCUGCAAAUCCAAGAGAGACUCCAACACAGACACCCAGGGCUACGUCUUUAAGAACAUGAUGAAGCUGAACAACAUAGACGUGAAUGAGACAGUGGAGGGUGACGACCGGGCCUUUGAGAUUUGGCACGAGCGCGAGGACUCUGUCAGGAAGUACACGCUUCAGGCUCGCACCGUCAUCAUCAAGAACUCCUGGCUGCGAGACCUCAGGGACCUGCAGCAGCGCUAUACCAUGCCCGGCUGGAGUAUGCCUGACUUUGAUGAGCUUCUGGCUGACUGCACAGUGGAGCUGGGACAGACAGUGAAACUGGCCUGCAAGGUUACUGGAGUACCCAAACCUGUGGUCACCUGGUACAAGGAUGGGCAUGCGGUGGAGGCCGACCCUCACCACAUCAUCAUCGAGGACCCUGACGGUUCCUGCACCCUGAUCCUGGACAACAUGACAGCGGAUGACUCUGGACAGUACAUGUGCUUCGCCACUAGCACCGCAGGCAAUGCCAGCACCCUGGGGAAGAUCACUGUCCAAGUGCCUCCUCGUUUUGUGAACAAGAUGAGGAAUGCUGUCUUUACUGUUGGUGAGGAUGCUCAGUUCUCCUGCACCAUUCAGAGCGCUCCCAGCCCCAAGAUCAGGUGGUUCAAGGAGGGCAGGUUGCUGACUGACCAGGAGAAGUAUCAGACCUACAGUGAGUCCCGUAGUGGAGUACUGGUCCUAGUCAUUAAAGGCCCUACGGAGAGAGACCUGGGACAUUACGAAUGUGAGUUGUCUAAUCGACUGGGCAGUGCUAGGUGUGCAGCGGAUCUGUGCCUUCCUUCUGCUGUGACUAGGAGAGGAGAGCAGGCGAUCACCAUCGAAGUCACCGAGCAGGAGACUAAAAUACCAAAGAAAACCAUCAUCAUAGAGGAGACCAUAACCACGGUGGUGAAGAACACCCGUAUGAAGCGUCGUGGCCUGUCUCCAUCUGGGUUCAACCGCUCCCAAACCUCCACCCCAGAUCACCAGACCACCCCCACGGCCAGGCAGAGGAGGCAGGCUUCCACCAACAGGAAGACCACCAUCCCCACCCUGUACGUCACGGAGCCCGAGGGGGCCGCAGGAGCCCGGGCUGCGGAGAACAAGUGGGUGGAGGUAGAGGAAAUUAUUGAGUACAAGGUCAACAAGUCGCCCAGGCCCUCUAGGAGAGGUGUCUCCCCAGCCGCAAACCCUAACACCAACAACUCCAACAACAACCUUGUAGAACUGCAGAACCACUCCGAGCUACAGGGGGCACAGCCUCUGUACUGGGAUGAUGAGGAGGAGGAUGGUGACGUGGCUGUAGAUGGGUCCGAGGUCACCCCUGGAAUCCGUGGAGAGGCCUACGAAGUCUCCUCGCUUCUAAUUCCUAUCGACCAUGAACACGAAGAGGAUGAGGCCUGGCUAGAAGAGCAGCAAGAGGCUUUCAUCACAGAACCGGAUGACGAUGACAACACACCCAGAAAGCUGGAGCCUAAAAUCCUGACCGAGGGCAGUCGCGUUCUCACCCUGGAGGACCUGGAGGACUACGUCCCCAGGGAGGGGGAGACCUACGGCUCCUCCAACACCCGUUCAUCACCUCCCGAGAGGCCCUGCGAGAUCUCAGUGCUCCAGAGGGAGAUUGGGGGCUCUGCUGUGGGCCAGCCGGUGCUGCUCAACGUAGGGAGGCCUGUGGGGAUGCCUAGGGAGAGGCCCAGGCCGGGCUUCUUCAGCCGCUUUAGAGAUCACCUCUCAGGAAGCAUGUUCUCCCCGGCCGGCCCCCACCACAACUACAACCACCACCCCAGCGGAGGUCAGUCCAGGAGGGAGAUUCCCAUCCAGGUCAGCCACGCCAAGCUAGAGGUCAAGCCGUUGUACUGCUCUGAGGUGCAGAGAGUGGAGGGAGUGCAGCAGAGCUACAAAACUAAAGUCUACACGUCAGUGGGCAAGUCAGUCACUCUUCAGAUUAGCAAGAAUAACCCAUAUCAAAACCAAUAAUUUAGUGUGUGAAAAUAAGUAGCUGGAUUAGAAGCAAGCAGAUUGUUGUUGUUAUUCUGUGAUGCGUACAAUAGCCCUUUUAGUCUUAAAUGGGAACCUUUCUAGUUAAGUGUUAAAAAGCAUAUUCUAACAUUGCAUUUUACUGCAAAUGGCGAAUCAUUCCAUUUUCAAGCAACCCGGCUAAAAGUAAAAUGCAGACACAGGAAGUCAGUCGUUUGGUCAGACAGAAAGUGGAC